GCAGGUCGCAUUGCAGGAACAAGUUGCCUCUCGAAAAGUGUUUUAAGUGACAUUGCCAACAGUUAAAACUUUUUUUACAAUCUACUAUACAAUAAUAAGUUGAUAUGAUGACAUCAGGUAUAAAAUUCAUGUUGGUUGCAUUUUUAAUUAUUCUGACGUUCUCCAAAGGAAGAUUGCAGACCAUAUCAUCGUUUCUACAAACCGACUUCCUAAAUUUUUUCUUUUCUAAGGACUCUGGUUUAAUGAGAGUAAGAAGAAUGGAUCCAGCCGAAAAAAUAAACAGUGGAAAAGUAUUGGAUUUUAUUGGCCUGGUAGAACGAUAUGAUUAUCCCGCUGAAGAGCAUAGCGUCACAACGGAGGAUGGUUACAAUUUAAAAAUACACAGGAUACCUGGAAGUCCAUUGUUGUUGGAUAGCAAAAAAAAGAAGGAAAUUGUAUUUGUGCAACACGGUCUUUUGGCUUCAUCUGAUUGCUGGGUACUGUACGGUCCUGGCAAAGACCUCGCAUUUUUAUUGGCAGAUCAAGGAUAUGACGUAUGGAUUGGAAAUAUGAGAGGAAAUAAUUACUGCAGAUCGCAUGUGAAUAUGACAACAUACGAUCCCAAAUUCUGGCAAUAUAGCUUUUACGAGAUUGGAACAAAAGAUCUGCCGGCCAUGUUCGAUUACAUUCUCAAUUAUACAAAACAAAAAGAUUUAUACUAUAUCGGUCAUUCAAUGGGAAGUGCUGCGCUACUCGUUCUUCUGUCAUCAAAACCAGAAUACAAUAUAAAAAUAAAAAUGGCUAUUUGUCUGGCUCCAACUUCUUUUUGGAUGAAAGUAUCACCUGCAGUUAACGAAUUUGCUAACAUUCUUCCAACAUUCAAGGAAGUUCUACGAGAACGUGAAACAUAUGAUGUUUUCCCACAAUCUUUAGCGACUGUUACAGUAGGAAGAAUGUUAUGUAAUGACAAUACGAUGACUCAAUUUAUUUGUGUCACUAUAUUAUUUAUUAUAGGUGGUCCUGAUCCAGCACAACUUAACACCGUAAGUUGUAUGUAUUGUAUGAGUUUAUUGUUUAUCCCCGCAGAGUUUAGUCAAGGCGUUUUUGUGAGGAAAGUACCCAAACCUCUUACAAGAAUAGAACCAACUCCUCCUCGCGACCUGGCCGUAUGCGACCUCUUACACUCUCGUUCCCUCCCUCCCUUCCACGCCUCUUCUCCUUUCCUCUCCCCCUCUCUAUAUCCUUCUCCGCCCCCUUUCCGGCCUUACUCUUUCUCCCAGUCCUCCCUCUCUUCAUCCCACCUCCAUUCCCUGUCCUUCUAUUCGUUACCCUAUCUUUUUUUCCUUUCGCCCUCUCCUCCUUCCUUUCUCCACAAUUCUCCACCUCGUUUUCCUCUCCUUCUCCUCCACUACCUUUCUUCCUUUGCUCCUGCUACUCCUUCUCCUCUUCACCUCCUCUCUUUAUCCCUUCUUUCUCUUAUCCAUCGCUUAUCCUUCUCUCUCCGCUCUCUUCUCUUCGCCCUCCACUCGAUCCAUUCCCUGCUCUAUCCUUUCACCGAUCUUCACUCUCUACGUUCUCCUCUCUCCUCUCUUCGCUCACCAUUUUUCACUCUCGGUCCUCUUAACUCCGUAAGUUUUAACAUAUAUAACACACAAAAGACAAACGUAAUACUAUGUCCAUAAUGUGCAUGAAUACUUUUUAUUAUAUUACAUAAAAUUUCCAAUUUUUUAUAAUUAAAUUACGGCUUUAACCACCCCCUACCUUAUUCUUC